GGAAGCCCCGCAAAGCGCCGCCUCACUGCUCACUGCCGCGUCUCACAGAUCAGCAAUUCAGCGACGACCACCCCCCCCCCGCCAUUCCGUUGUCUUAUUCGCAUCUGUCUCUCUCUGCCGGCACCGGCCGUUGUUGUCGCGCGUCCUGAGGUGGAUUUCACCGUUCGGAGUGGCUCCGGUUCCGGCAGUCCGUCCGUCUCACGUGCGGCUCGCGGAGGAGGGGCGGCGCGCGCGGAGGGUCCUUCGCCUUGGGCGCUAUGAGGUUGACAGCGCACGGGCGUCGCGGGGCGUGUUCGCAGGCGCGAGGACAGGCAGCAGCGGCGGCUGAGGCAGUCAGGCACCAGUAGCGCUCAGGACGGGCUCGGCUUCACGAACGACUUCGGAGCUGUGUGUACGCCGGCCUCUUUCCUAGCUGCUCGGCUCGUGUCGUGUGUGAAAACAGGUACAAACAAAACAGAACACAAACAAAAGGUGUAAAACGCAGACGAGCGGGCGCAGCGAGUCGCCGAGUGCGUCCGCCGGCGAAGCGGCGGAUUAGCGCGCGGAUUAGCGCUCUCGCGGUCCCGGCGGCUCGCGGAGCUCCGCUCGCGCCUCCGCCUCCCGCCGGUGGUGCUCCGUGUUGAAAAUCAUGCCCGCGCCGUGAGGAUGCUGUCCGGCGCGCGGCGGCGGGCAGGGGCGCGUCUCUCGGCCGCUCGGAGGGUCCACGUUUUCGGGGAAGAAGAAGAAGGAGUUCGUCCCGGGAGCCGGAGCUCCACAUAAUCCAUAACCGGAGGAAACUGCUUCAGACUGGCGGGCAAAUUCUCGUCAAAACCACACGCGCACCGUCCGAACCCGUCAUCCUGCGCGUUCUGGUCUGGCUCGCUCUUGUCGCGCGCUCGUCCCAUGAACACUCACUGUGUGUGUGUUACACAGAGGGAGUAACUGAGGUGCGCUCGCUUAGUUUAGGGAACGAACGUCACCUGUGAAGUUGCGGUACGAAACACUGGUUGAAUAUUUAAAACAAAUAAACAAAAGGGGGGGGUCAAAAAAAAAAAAAAAAAGGUGAAAUAAAUAGCAUGGCGGACCGAACUGCUCCCCGCUGCCAGCUGAGGCUCGAGUGGAUCUACGGCUACAGGGGACACCAGUGCCGCAACAACCUGUACUACACCGCCGGCAAGGAGGUGGUCUACUUCGUGGCCGGGGUCGGAGUGGUGUACAACACCAGGGAGCACACCCAGAAGUUCUACUUGGGACACAACGAUGACAUCAUCAGCCUUGCUCUGCACCCAGACAAGACUCAGGUGGCUACGGGGCAGGUGGGAAAGGACCCAUACAUCUGUGUGUGGGACACAUACAACGUACAGACGAUCUCCAUCCUGAAGGAUGUGCACACGCACGGGGUGGCCUGCCUGGCCUUCGACUCGGAUGGCCAGCGGUUGGCAUCUGUGGGUCUCGAUGCCAAAAACACAGUGUGUGUGUGGGACUGGAAGAGGGGCAAGGUCCUGGCCACAGCAACCGGGCACUCAGACAGGAUCUUUGACAUCACCUGGGACCCUUUCCAGCAACACAGGAUGGUGAGCUGUGGGGUGAAGCACAUCAAGUUCUGGGCUCUCUGUGGGAAUGCCCUGACCCCAAAGCGAGGCAUCUUUGGCAAGACGGGGGACCUGCAGACCAUCCUGUGCGUGGCCGCCUCAAAGGACGACAUCACGUACUCGGGGGCUCUCAACGGGGAUGUGUACGUGUGGAAGGGGCUGAACCUGGUGCGCACAGUGCAAGCAGCACACGGGGCAGGGAUAUUCAGCAUGUAUGCCUGCGAGGAGGGAUUCGCCACCGGGGGGCGUGAUGGCUGCAUACGACUGUGGGAUGUGGACUUCAAGCCCAUCACCAAAAUUGACCUCAGGGAGGCUGAGCAGGGCUACAAAGGGCUGUCCAUCCGCAGCGUGUGCUGGAAGGCAGACCGCAUUCUGGCGGGCACACAGGACAGCGAGAUCUUCGAGGUGAUGGUGCGGGACCGGGACAAGCCACUGCUCAUCAUGCAGGGUCACUGCGAAGGAGAGCUUUGGGCCCUAGACGUGCACCCCAAAAAGCCCCUGGCCGUCACCGGCAGUGACGACCGCUCUGUCAGGCUGUGGAGCCUUGUGGACCACGCUCUUAUCGCCCGCUGCAACAUGGAGGAGGCAGUGCGGAGCGUGGCCUUCAGCAGCGAUGGCUCCCAGCUGGCCCUGGGUAUGAAGGAUGGAUCCUUCACCGUACUCCGUGUCAGGGAUAUGACGGAGGUGGUCCACAUCAAGGACAGGAAGGAGGUUAUCCAUGAGAUGAAGUUCUCCCCUGAUGGCGCGUACCUUGCGGUGGGUUCCAACGAUGGCCUGGUGGAUAUCUAUGCGGUGGCGCAGCGCUACAAGAAGGUGGGCGAGUGCAGCCGCUCCUCCAGCUUCAUCACGCACCUUGACUGGUCCGUGGACAGCAAGUACCUACAGACGAACGAUGGUGCCGGGGAGAGACUCUUCUACAGGAUGCCCUCUGGGAAACAUAUAACAACCAAGGAGGAGACCAAGGGAAUCCACUGGGCAUCAUGGACAUGUGUGAUCGGUCCAGAAGUGUGCGGCAUCUGGCCCAAGUACACAAACGUCAAUGACAUCAACUCUGUGGAUGCCAACUAUAACCACGCUGUGUUGGUGACGGGGGAUGACUUUGGGCUUGUCAAACUAUUCCGUUUCCCCUGCUUGAAGAAAGGAGCAAAAUUCAAGAAGUACAUUGGGCAUUCAGCCCAUGUGACCAAUGUGCAUUGGUCACAUGACCUGCAGUGGGUUCUGAGCACAGGGGGAGCAGACCACUCUGUGUUCCAGUGGAGGUUCUUGCCUGAGGGAAUCAUGAACGGCGUCCUGGAACCCCUUCUUCAAGAGGGAUACGCCGAUUCAUACAGUGAGGAAUCUGACUCCGACCUCUCUGAUGUCCCUGAGCUGGACUCUGAUAUUGAGCAAGAAGCGCAAAUAAACUAUGACCGCCAGGUGUACAAGGAGGAUCUUCCCCAGCUAAGGCAGCAGAGUCGGGAAAAGAGACCACCAGCCAGCUCACUGAAGCGGCAGAAGGUCCCAGAUGAGGGGCUGCGCCUACAGUUUGUCCACGGCUACCGUGGCUAUGACUGCCGGAACAACUUGUUCUACACUCAGACAGGCGAGGUGGUGUACCAUGUGGCCGCUGUGGCCGUCGUCUAUAAUCGGCAGCAGCACACACAGCGCUUCUACCUGGGUCACGACGAUGACAUCCUCAGCCUAGCCAUGCACCCACUCAAGGACUUUACGGCUACGGGUCAGGUGGGCCGCGAUCCAGCCAUCCAUGUGUGGGACAUCCAAACCUUGAAGUGCUUGUCUCUCCUGAAGGGCCACCACUCAAGAGGGGUGUGCGCACUGGAUUUUUCUGCGGAUGGGAAGAGCCUGGUGUCUGUAGGGAUUGACGACAACCACACCAUUGUCGUGUGGGACUGGAAGAAGGGAGAGAAACUGGCAACUGCAAGGGGUCACAAAGACAAGCUGUUUGUAGUCAAGUGUAACCCCCAACACAUGGACAAACUGGUCACUGUGGGGAUGAAGCAUAUUCGCUUCUGGCAAAUUUCAGGUGGGGGACUCACCUUCAAACGCGGGAUCUUUGGCAACCUGGGGAAGCUGGAGACAAUGAUGUCGGUGUGCUAUGGGCGGACGGAGGACUUGGUGUUCUCAGGAGCAGCCACAGGGGACGUGUACAUUUGGAAAGAGACGGUGCUUCUGAAAACCAUCAAGGCCCAUGAUGGACCUGUGUUUGCCAUGUACUCCCUUGACAAGGGAUUUGUAACUGGUGGGAAGGAUGGCGUAGUGGAGCUGUGGGACGACAUGUUUGAGAGGUGCCUCAAAACCUACAGCAUCAAGAGGGCGGCACUUUCUCCUGGAUCCAAAGGGUUGCUGCUAGAGGACAAUCCCUCCAUCCGUGCCAUCACCCUGGGACAUGGUCACAUCCUGGUGGGGACAAAAAAUGGAGAGAUACUUGAGAUUGACAAGAGUGGCCCUAUGACCCUGCUGGUUCAGGGUCACAUGGAAGGGGAGGUAUGGGGGUUGGCAGCCCACCCCCUGCUCCCCAUCUGUGCCACGGUGAGCGACGACAAGACCCUGCGCAUCUGGGAGCUCUCUUCCAACCACCGUAUGGUUGCUGUGCGCAAGCUCAAAAAAGGCGGAAGAUGCUGUGCCUUCUCCCCAGAUGGGAAAGCCUUAGCUGUGGGCCUGAAUGACGGCAGCUUCCUGGUGGUCAACUCGGAUACGCUGGAGGACAUGGUGUCCUUCCAUCAUAGGAAAGAGCUCAUCUCUGACGUCAGAUUCUCUCAAGACUCUGGCAGGUACCUCGCUGUGGCUUCCCAUGACCACUUUGUGGACAUCUACAACAUCCUAACCAGUAAGAGGGUUGGAAUCUGCAAAGGGGCCUCCAGCUACAUCUCCCACAUUGACUGGGACACUCGUGGUAAACUGCUUCAAGUUAAUUCAGGUGCCAAAGAGCAGUUAUUCUUCGAAGCCCCAAGAGGGAAAAGGCAAACUAUCCGUGCAGCUGAGAUUGAGAAGAUUGAGUGGGCCACCUGGAGCUGCGUCCUGGGCCCUACCUGUGAAGGCAUCUGGCCCAUCCACAGUGACAUCACAGAGGUCAAUGCUGCCUCACUCACCAAAGACAGGAAGCUGCUGGCCACAGGGGAUGAUUUUGGCUUUGUCAAGCUCUUCACUUACCCAGCCAAGGGUCAGUAUGCCAAGUUUAAGAGGUAUGUGGGCCACAGUGCCCACGUCACUAAUGUACGGUGGUCCCAGGAUGACACCACACUUCUGACGGUGGGCGGGGCUGAUACGGCGCUCAUGAUCUGGUCCCGAGAGGCAGCAGGAAGCCGCGAGAAUCGCCCAGUAGAUAGUGAGGAGUCAGACGACGACACAGAAGAGGAUGGCGGUUAUGACAGUGACGUCGCCAGAGAGAGAAUCAUUGACUACACUUCUAAGAUCUACGCGGCCAGCAUCCGGGAAAUGACCGGCACCAAGCCGCACCAGCAGCAGAAGGAGGCAUCACCUGAGGAGAGGCAGGGAAUUGUCAAGGGAUCCAGGCCCCCGGUUAGCAGAGCUGCCCCCCAGCCAGAGAAACUCCAGAAGAAUAAUGUUACAAAGAAGAAGAAGCUGGUGGAGGAGCUGGUGUUGGAUCACGUGUUUGGAUACAGAGGCUUUGAUUGCCGCAACAACCUGCACUACCUCAACGACGGCGCUGACAUUGUCUUCCACACAGCCGCAGUGGCUAUGGUGCAAAGCCUCUCCACAGGGACCCAGAGUUUUUACCUUGAACACACUGAUGACAUCCUCUGUUUGACUGUCAACCAACAUCCUAAGUAUAAAAAUGUCAUUGCCACCGGACAGAUCGGCGAUGUCACAGACCUGCCAGGUACCACCCCCUCCAUCCACGUGUGGGAUGCCAUGAGCAAGCAAACACUCUCCAUUCUGCGCUGUUCUCACACCAAGGGUGUUGGCUACGUGAACUUCAGCGCCACAGGCAAACUGCUGCUAUCGGUCGGCGUGGAACCGGAGCACACCGUCACUGUGUGGCGCUGGCAGGAAGGUGCCAAAGUGACCAGUAAAAGCGGCCACACGGACCGGAUUUUUGUGGUGGAGUUCCGGCCAGACUCGGACUCGCAGUUUGUGUCAGUAGGGAUCAAACACACCAAGUUCUGGACGCUGGCAGGCGGCUCACUCAUGUAUAAGAAAGGAGUAAUUGGAGGCGUGGAGGAGGCGCGGAUGCAGACCAUGCUGUCAGUGGCUUUUGGUGCUAAUAACCUCACAUUCACUGGUGCCAUAAAUGGUGAUGUGUACGUGUGGCGGGACCACUUCCUGGUGCGUGUCGUGGCCAAGGCGCACACGGGACCUGUUUUCACCAUGUACACCACGCUAAGGGAUGGCCUCAUUGUAACAGGCGGGAAGGAGAGGCCGACAAAGGAGGGUGGAGCUGUCAAGCUGUGGGACCAGGAGAUGAAGCGCUGCCGGGCCUUCCAGUUGGAGACGGGCCAGGCAGUGGAGUGUGUGAGGUCUGUGUGCCGAGGAAAGGGCAAGAUACUGGUGGGCACCAAGGAUGGUGAGAUCAUCGAGGUGGGGGAGAAGAAUGCCGCCUCCAACAUCCUGAUCAAUGGCCACAUGCAAGGGGAGAUCUGGGGCCUGGCCACACACCCAUCCAAAGACAUAUUCAUAUCUGCCAGCGACGAUGGGACCAUCCGCAUCUGGGACCUGGCUGACAAGAAACUACUGAACAAGGUGAGCCUGGGUCACUCAGCCAAGUGUGCCAGUUAUAGCGCAGACGGGGAGAUGGUCUCCAUCGGGAUGAAGAACGGCGAGUUCAUCGUCCUACUGGUCAACUCGCUGAAAGUGUGGGGCAAGAAGCGGGACCGCAGCACUGCCAUCCAGGAUGUCCGGUUCAGUCCAGACAACCGCCUGCUGGCUGUGGGUUCGGCCGAGAGCACGGUGGACUUCUACGACCUGACACUGGGACCCUCGCUUAACCGCAUCGGCUACUGCAAGGACAUCCCCAGCUUUGUCAUCCAGAUGGACUUCUCCGCUGACAGCAAGUAUAUUGAGGUGUCCACGGGAGCCUACAAGCGGCAGGUGUACGAGGUUCCCACAGGGAAACUGGUGACGGAGCCCUCCAUUGUGGACAAGAUCACAUGGGCCACCUGGACCAGCAUCCUGGGAGACGAGGUCCUCGGCAUCUGGCCUCGCAAUGCAGAUAAAGCCGAGGUGAACUGCGCCUGCGUCUCUCAUGCCGGCCUCAACGUGGUCACCGGUGACGACUUUGGCCUUGUCAAGCUCUUCGACUUCCCGUGCACCGAGAAAUUUGCCAAACACAAGCGUUACUUCGGCCAUUCGGCUCAUGUGACCAACAUACGCUUCUCCUGUGACGACAAGUACGUGAUAAGCACAGGAGGCGAUGACUGCAGCGUGUUCGUGUGGAAGUGCUCGUAGGAGGAGCCACACAGCUCGCUCACGGCCACAACUUGUGUCAAGACAGAAGGAUCCAACUCGCCACAAGUGUCUAGCUGCUACAAACCUCUUCGUGAAAUGCUGCAAUCACACGUUCUUAAUACUGAACAAGGAUGCUGAAGGCGUACGGGCAACAGGGGCGGCGGCCGGGCUUUGCGCUGUGCAAUAACGUUCUAGAGAAAUCCGGCCUCAACUUGACUCUACACACUUGUGUAGUAGACAGCUGGCCUCACCAAAUCUUGUUCUUGCCACAGAUUUUAUUUUUUAUGGCCUACUGGCGAACAAUCAUUUGUGUUUACAUUCUCAUCUGCUUUCCGCAAAGGAUGUGACAAAAAAAAAAAAAAA